AUGACGCAGGAGCCAGGCUCCACUGGGGAGCAGGGUCAAGAUGCUGAAGACCGCCAGGUUGGGGAGGAGCCUGGGGCCCUCGUGUCCCUCGUUCUUUGGCAAGUGGUCAAGGGGGAUGUCCCCCUGUCACCUGACCCCUCCAUGUGUGGGUACGAGACGCCGGACGCCAUGUGUCCAGACCAUAAGCCCUGCUACACCCAGCGACGGCCACGUGCCUGCCUCACCAGGCCGUGCCUGCCUGACCGGGCCGUGCCUGCUUCACCGGGCUGUGUCGUCCAGUCCAGGACCCUGAGCAAGUCCCUCCUGUCUGUGUGCAGCGUGACAAACCCCUGCCAGUCCCACCGAGAAGAGCAGCAGCUCAGACGGACGAGCUUGCAUCCUCUCUGGAAGGACCCCCCAUUGGCCCCAGGGGGCACCCGGCAGUCCCCCAUCGACAUCAAGUGGAGAGACAGCGUCUACGACCCUGGGCUGCAGCCUCUCCACGUGUCCUACGACGCGGCCACCUGCCGAUACAUGUGGAACACGGGCUACCUCUUCCAGGUGGACUUUGACGACUCGGCCGAGGGCUCAGGCAUCAGCGGUGGGCCUCUGGGAAGCCACCACCGACUGAAGCAGUUCCAUUUCCAUUGGGGCUCAGAGGACACGUGGGGCUCGGAGCACGCACUGGACAGCUGCGUGUACCCGGCAGAGCUCCACGUGGUACACUGGGACGCAGGCAGAUACCGCAGCUACGGGGAGGCCGCGCUGGGCGCCGAGGGCUUGGCUGUCAUCGCUGUGUUCCUCAAGCUGGGCGUCAGGCACGCGGGGCUGCAGACGCUGGUGGAGGCCUUGCCGGAAAUAAAGCACAAGGAUGCGCGGGUGGCCCUGGGCCCCUUCCAGCCUGCCGCCCUGCUGCCCUCCUGCCAGGACUACUGGACGUACACAGGCUCCCUGACCACGCCACCACUGGCUGAGUCAGUCACGUGGAUCAUCUAUAAGCAGCCCAUCGAGGUGGCACCUGACCAGCUGUCGGCGUUCCGGACCCUGCUGUUCUCCGUACCUGGUGAGGAAGAGAGGCCCAUGGAGAACAACUACCGUCCACUGCAGCCUCUGAUGGGCCGGACAGUCCGCGCGUCCUUCCCGGUCCGCAGCGGGGCACCCCGCACCUAG